CCCGUUAUUGUAAAAUCGUAAAUCGGCAACCAGACUCUAUCAAACACAAUUUGUAGUAAAACAAUAGCAAAGGGCCCGACUAGACUUUGCAGUGCAUGCGCCCAUGCAGUGAAAUCGAAGAAAGCUGUUGUGUUGGAAAAGUGGACGUUACGCUUAAUAAUUAAACGGGAGAGAGAAAGCCUCAAAUGACAUUUUAUUUGUCAGUAUAAUUACCGUAAAUGAAAAGGGUCGUACUGACCAGAAGUGAGCAACAUGAGCAAGCACCUACGCUUCAUUGCACGUACAGUGUUUGUGAAGAACAGCGAUGUUGAUGGUGCAUAUAGAACCCUCAACAAUUCACUGAACAAAGAGGGAGUGAUUGAAGACAUCAGACGGAGACGCUACUAUGAGAAACCCUUUCAGAAGCGGAAGCGGACGCAGUAUGAGACGAUGCAGCGUAUCUACAACCAGGAGAUGAAUCGAAGGAUAGCAUUCCUCAUGCGCAAGAACAGGACACCAGGCUGGCCUGUGUAAUAGCAUGGCACCUGUAGCCCAUGUGGAUCAAACUGUGUGCUGAGUGAAGUAGCGACUGCAUAUUCCUGUGUUACCUGCAUACUCCUCAGUGAGAUUGUGAAAAUUCACUUGGACGGAUAAACUUUGGUACAACUUGCAACGUGUGCCGAUUAGAAAAUAAGAUGUGCUUAAUACAUGCAGCCUUAGCAGUUAGCAGGACAUCAAGGCCAAGCAUGUUGGCAGUGUUACGUACACUACUCUGCCACCCUUGGCUCUUGAACAAGAAACUUUGAACAAUAUAGGACACAGAAAGUUUUGACUAGAAAUUUACUGUCAAAACUUGUAUUCAAGUGCUCUAUAAUUUUAGGAGAUGCUUAUCACAAUCGUAAACGUUACUUUUAUUACACCCAAACUUUGGGUGUAAAUUAACAAAUACAUGUAAAUUAACAAAUAAAUUAGUUUUGAAAGAAAUGCACAAGUAGUGAUCCCCUGUUGGUUGCUGAUUUUGACUUAGCCACUCUACUGCACUACACUUUACGAGGUAAAUGAGCAAUAAACCUGAAGACAAGUUAUUAUACAAUGGAACGUGGUUUGGGGGGAAGUAAUACACAACAACUGGUGCUGAUGUGUUGGCUGAUUUGACUACCUCCCAACACGAAGCGGAGGGAGGAAGCCAACAGCUGCAAACACAGGGUCAAGUAAAUUUGCAUUUCUUCCCUGAAAUAUUAAAACUAUUGUGUAUUUGUUUUAUUACACCUCGAUCGAACAAUUUUAAUUUCAUUAACAACAGUGUUCGUAUGUUACUACUUUCUGUUACUAUGGACCAGGUGGGCGGGCUAUUUAUGUAAGCGCCUCAUGCAUGUGCAUGUGUGGAGUAGCUAUUUGUAAUUCCCAGAUGCUUGGAACAUUGACCAAUUAAAGAAGCGUGUUUGGCUUAUAAAUAUGUA